GACCCGCACUGUUAGCUGGAAUCAGAUGCUGAGUACGCAAAAGAGCUUGAGAUCCUCUUCGUAAGGAAGUGAAUCGAGAGGCAAACAUGAAUCCAGGAGUGAAUUUGCUGUGCAUCCUUGUAUGCAUUAUCUCUGUUACUUGUGAUCGGGUGUAUGUUCACCCCUUCCACCUCUUUACCAACCAUGAGAGCUGCAAGAAACUGGAAGACAAGGAAUGGCUGAUGAAAACUUUUGUGCCAACCUCAAUUGAGUCUCACAUCACCCCAGCGUAUGAAGAGAGUGUCAGGAACAAGAGCGAGGAGGAACCUCAAAUUUUAGGAGUGGACUACUUAAAAGACUCAGCAUAUGUGCUUGGGGCACGUAUCUAUAGAAAGUUGGCAGAAAUGUUUCCAGGAGAAAAUAUUCUUCUGUCUCCCACAAGCAUAUACCAGUCCCUCCUGAUCUUCUACUUAGGGGCUUCUGGACACACAGCAAAUGAAUUGCAGAGUUUGUUAGGAUUUAACUUGCCAUCCGUAAGCCAAGACUGCACCUCCAAAAUUGAUGGGCACAAAAUCCUUCCUGUCCUGAGGACUAUCAGCAAUCCCAAUAAGGUUGAUGAAGUGCAUUUCUCCAAGCUUUUCUGCCUUUUUUCUGCCCCUAAUGUCCAUUUAUCUGAAUCCUUUGUCCAUGAAUUGGCCUUUGCUAACAUUAAUUUUUAUGUACGAGCUGUUGACUUUACAAACCUCACUUGGGCAGGAGAACAAAUUGAUUUCUUUGUCAAAAACAAAAACAUUCAGAAGAGCAAGAAUUUGCUGACAGACAUGGAUCCAGCAAGCAAUUUGUUGUUUGCAACCUAUACUCAGCUCAAAGUUGUUGUGAAGGGAGCCUCCCUUUUGAGUGAGCCUCAGGAAUUCUGGACCGAUUCAGAAACACAGGUCUUUGUGCCUAUGAUGACAGUCACUGGAAGCUUUGAGCAUAAAUUUGACAAUGACCUGAAUCUUUCAGUCAUCAAAAUUGCUGUUGGCGAGAGUAUAUUUCUCCUGCUGUUACAGCCCAUCAACAAUGAAGACCUAAGCAGUGCUGAGGCACAAUAUUCUUUUCAGCCUUCUUAUUUAUGGCUGCAAAAAUUGUCACUAAGGCGAAUCAAUUUAACUUUGCCAAAUGUAUCCUUCGAAAACGUUUACAACCUUCAGGACCCCCUUAAUAAAAUGGGCUUAUCUGAACUGCUGGGAAAGAGUGCCAACUUCAGUAUGAUGAGCAACGCUAAUCUUAAUGUUAGAAAGAUUAUAAAUCACCAGCUUUUGGAGCUCCGUCCUGGUGAAGCAGAUCGAGCAGAAAACCCCACAGAACCAAAUGAAGACACCGAGACACUCAAAGUAACACUGAACAAGCCUUUCCUGCUAGCAGUGCAUGAAAAAGAGUCAUGCACUUUGCUGUAUUUUGGCAGAGUGAUAAACCCAUUCAGAUAAACAUGAAUUUCACAUGAAGAUGAUUUCCCAGGCUUAUUUUUCCUUACUUUACAAUUGUUUUUGUUGCUAUGUUGAAUGGUCAUUUGAAAUUUUGGAAUAAAGCUGAUGUGACUUUCAAAUCUGUAACUGCUAAAA